UCUUAUCUACAGUUCAAACUUAGGCUAGAUUUGAGUUAAUGACAGAUGGAAGAAAAGGUGUCUAAUUCUCCAAAUUCUUUGGAAAAAAGGUCUAGGCCACGCCCCGGUCCAGCUCUCCUGUUUCACAAUCGCUAGCUUGGCCUCGACAAGUCGACCCGUGAACUGCAACCUACGGCUUCCUCCGUUUGUCAUCCACCGAGAACUCUGAAGUUCUGGGGCUCGUCCAGGGAAGGUUUCUGGGUACGAACCCGGAGCGGAGGGUGUUAAAUUACCGCUCUGGGCUGCUGACAAGUUUGGCCUGCUGCUGUGAACUCCGGGCAGGAAGGGGAGGGCCCAGCCGGGCAAGGGGGAGCGGGGCGCGGGCUCAGGGCUGGGUCAGAAAAGCUGCCUCACUGCACGGUCCUGCCCCCACAGCCCCGAGGUUUGGCCGGGGCCUCCUAUACAGUUUCGCUGCUCCUACCCGGAGGCUGAGCCCGCAGCGGCUUCGCCACAAAAUGUCCCAGCCCGGCCCGAAGCCUGCCGCCUCUUCCAGGCCCCGGCGCGGCGCCGCAGCCCGCCACACCCAGGAGCAUGUUAAUGAAAAGAAUACUGGAUCAUCUUCCAAAUCAGGAGAAAAGAAAGGAUCAGAUGAGAAAAAAACAGCAAUUUUGGGGAGCAGUCAGCCUUCCAAAGCCCAUGCUGGUGGAGCUGCUACAGCCACCAAGGUGCCACCUUCAUCUGCUGCAGCCAGCAAGUUUCCCAGUAUGAGUACCACAGAAGCUAAGGCUGUGAAAACAGAGUCUGAGAAGUCACAAUCGAGUAAGCCAUCUGUGGCUCAUGAGAAAAAGUCCCAAGAAAGCAAGCCAAAGGAAGGCUCAGAGUCCCCAAACCUUCCCAAGCAUGCAUCAGAUACAGGAAGUAAACCUGCUCAUAAAGAAAAAGCAGUUUCCAGAUCAAAUGAGAAGAUGGUGUCAGAAAAAUCAGCAGAACCAAAGACAAAAUCACAAGAUGUUCCUGCUGCUGGAGAGGGUGUGGUUGCUGGUGUGACUGUGGCUGCAGCAUCAGACAAGGCAGAUGACAAGAAAAAAGAAAAGAAGUCAUUAACGCCAGCUUCACCAGUGGAAUCCAAACUAAGCAAGCCAUCUGGCAAGUCAGGCAUAGAUGUUGCUUUAGAUGAACUGAUAGACACUUUAGGGGAACCUGAAGAAACUAACAAAGAUGAUCCACGAUACACUGGACCAAUAGUUUUGGACCCAAUGGAUUCUGCCUACAUUGAGGCACUGGGUAUAAAAGAAGGGACUAUUCCUCCAGAGUACAGGGAACUUCUGGCUAAAAAGGAAGGGAUCACAGGACCUCCUUCAGAUUCUAAACCCAUGGGACCUGAUGAUGCUAUAGAUGCCCUGUCAUCUGACUUCACCUGUAGUUCUCUGCCCGGAAAGCAAACUAAGAAAGAGAAAUCUACAGGGGACAUUUUCAAAGCUCAGACUGCUGGAGUGACCAGAAGUCCUGUUCCUCCCCAGGAGAAAAAAAGGAAGGUGGAAGAGGAUGUCAUGAGUGAUCAAGCCCUGCAGGCACUGUCAGAUUCACUGGGCCCCCGGCAGCCAGACCCUGAGAGCCAUCUUAGCCAAGCUGAACAAGUCAAAGAGGCAAAAGCAAAAGAAGAAAAGCAGGAGAAGUGUGGUGAAAACGAUGACACAGUCCCGGCUGAGUACAGGUUAAAGCCGGCUGUGGAUAAAGAUGGAAAACCACUAUUGCCAGAGCCUGAAGAAAAGUCUAAGUGCCUGAGUGAAGCAGAGCUGAUUGGGCAACUUACAGAAGAUUUUGACCAACCUACAAAUCAAGACAAACCAUCUAUGCCAGCUGAGAAAAUAGAAAAAUCUAAGGACACAUCCCCAACUCCUGUGGCUGAGGCUGUGUCUCGGGCCUCCAUGUGCAGUAUUCAGUCAGCACCACCCAAACCAGCAUCUUUGAAGAGCAUGGUGCCAGAUGAUGCUGUUGAAACCUUGGCUGGAAGCCUGGGGAAAAAAGAAGCAAAUCCAGAAGAUGAAAAACCUGUAGUGGAUAAAGUCAAAGAGAAGGCUAAAGAAAAAGACUAUGAAAAACUUGGUGAAAAAGAAGAAACAAUUCCCCCUGAUUAUAAACUAGAAGAGGCCAAGGAUAAGGAUGGAAAACCACUCCUGUCAAAUGAGCCCAAGGAACAACUUACACCCUUGAGUGAUGACUUCCUUCUUGAUGCUUUGUCUCAGGACUUCUGCAGUACCACAAACAUAUCGUCUCUUGAAUUUGAAGAUGCCAAACUUUCUGCUGCCAUCUCUGAAGUAGUUUCCCAGAUACCUGCGCCUAGCACCCAUGCAGCAGCCCCUCCGCCUGAUACUGAGCACAGAGACAAAGAACUCAGUGGUGCCUUGGAUGAACUCUCUGACCGUCUUGGGGAAAGACAGCCUGACCCAGAUGAGAACAAACCAGUAGAUGAUAAAGUGAAGGAAAAAAUUAAAGCUGAACAUCGUGAGAAACUUGGAGAAAGAGAUGACACUAUUCCACCUGAGUAUAGGCAUCUCCUGGACAAUGAUGGGCAGGGCAAACCAGAGAAGCCACCUACAAAGAAAUCAAAGAAGCCUGAUCAUGACCAGGACCCCAUUGAUGCCCUCUCAGAAGAUUUGGAUAGCUGCCCCUCAACUACAGAGACCUCACAGAAUAUAGCAAAGGAGAAGAGCAAGAAGAUGGGUUCAAGUUCCAAAGCACCCAAAAAUGGUGUGAAAACAAAGGAUUCCUCCAAGAAGACAGAAGUGUCCAAUCCAAAGGCUGACAAAAAGGAAAGCUAAAGUUACACAUUUGGGUAUCUGAAUAGAAAUUCUUCAGCUGGUGAAUGGUGACUUUUGAAGAACAAAGGCUUUGGUGACAACUUUUCUGGGUGGCUUCUAGACAGUGAUGUAACUUGUUACGUCUUUUGACAUCUUAAACAUUGGUUUGUUAUUCUUUUCCAAAAAGAAAAUGAAUUUGUCUGGUUUACCUGUGUUACUGUAUUGAGUAUGGAUAAACUUCAAAGAUUUUAAAUUGCCUUUAAGUGGGAGAAGGAAGCUUUAUAUUUGUAAGAAAUAUAUUUCAUAGUUUCUUAAAACACACACACACAAAACCAAACCAGAAAACUUUUGCAAACUUUUGCACACUAUACAUACAGUGCCUAUAAAUCUUAUUAGUAGUUUUGGUUUGCACUUAAUGUUUUUAGCAUUUGAAAAAUGCUCUCAUCUUUUGUCAGUAUUCUGAUUUCUUCUUACCUCUUUUCCUCUUGGGCUUUUGAACUAUAUUUGAUGUAUCUUUGGGUUAAUGUUGAUAAGUCAGGUAUAAAAUAUUGUACAUUGGGCACAUAACUCCUUUGGAGCUGCUAGUAAUAAAUUGAUAGAUAAUCUGGGAAAACCAGGGAGCACUAGUCUCCUUUUGUACCUGAUCUCUCCUUUACUAGGAAUGAGGACUUCUACUCAUGACCAGAGAGGACACACUGAGACUUGAACUAAGUCAGCAGAAGAGCAAAGCACAGGCUAGUGAUGUCACUGCAUAGCAAGUUUCAACAAUAAAGUUGGAAUUCUCAGAAUAUUCACAGGCUUAAACUAUACCGGUUUACCAUAACAUUAAACUAUGGUUUCCACUCUCUG